UGAGAAAUUAUUAACUUUUUUGGACUAUUUCUUGCAAAUAAGAACAAACUAAAACUCAAGUCAGUGUUCAAACAUUCCCUAUUGCUUGAAGCUGGGCCCGCAAGAUGAGUCUCGAGGACGAUGGGCUGGACGGAGAGCUGGCGUGCUCCGCUGAGCAGGCCGAGGCCAAGGAAGACCGGGUCCUGACGCAGCAGGUGGACGCGGAAGAGUUCCUUGCCUCGGAGGGUAUCGCACUGCUGGAGUACGAGAAGCAGAUGUUCUUCGAUUUGCUGCACACGGAUGCGCUCGUCGUCUGCGCCAAAGGCAUCAGUUACGAGCGGGUGUUGCUGAACCUGCUGAAAAUCUUCUGCGACAAUUCUACGCUCGUGCUGGUCGUGAACUGUUCCGAGACGGAGGAAACUUUCUACAGAACGCACCUGGAAAAUGCGGAACACAUUCACGAGACGGCCAAGCUGACGACGGAACGUGAGCGCACGUACCUGCACGGUGGCAUCCAGUUCAUCAGCACUCGCAUCCUGGUGGUGGAUCUGCUGAAGAACCGCAUUCCGAUCGAGCUGAUUACCGGCAUUUUCGUGGUGCGUGCCCACGAGAUCGUGGAAUCGUGCCAGGAAGCGUUCGCUCUCCGGUUGUACCGGCAGCGGAACAAGGUUGGCUUCAUCAAGGCGUUCUCGCGCAACGUGGAAGCGUUCACGUACGGGUACGGGCACGUGGAGAAGGUGAUGCGUAACCUGUUCGUGAAGGAGCUGCUGAUUUGGCCCCGGUUUCAUGUCACCAUUCAGCGCUCGCUGAAACCUUACGAGCCGGCCGUGGUCGAGAUACAGAUCCCGAUGACGCACAGCAUGAUACUGUUACAGACGAAUCUGCUCGAUCUGAUGAACUAUCUGGUGAAGAGCGUCAAGAGUUUGAACCGCUUCGUCGAGCUGCAGGAGGUGACGGUGGAGAACUGUGUCACGAAGAAGUUCCACAAGAUUCUGCAGGCCCAGCUCGACACGAUCUGGCAUCAGCUGAGCGCUCAAACGAAGCUGAUUGUGGCCGAUCUCAAGGUGCUCCGUAGCCUGAUGGUAUCAUGCCUCUACGGUGACUCGGUGUCGUUCUAUGCGCUACUGAAACGCUAUCGGACUAAGGAGUACGCACUCAGCAACUCAGGCUGGACGAUCAUGGAGGCCGCCGAACGGGUGUUUACCGUGGCCAAGGAGCGCAUUUUCAAUCGAGAGAGUGAAUUCGAACCGGAACUGUCGCCAAAGUGGAAAGCGCUGCUGGAUGUGCUGCGUGUCGACAUCCCAGCCGAUAUCAAAGAGACGGCAGGUAAAAUUCGCCGCAAGGAAGAACGUCAAAAGUAUCUGCAGCAACAGGUGAAGAUACUGAUUCUGUGCCAGGAUGCAAGGGCCUGCUAUCAGCUGAACCAGGUGCUGACGCAAAGCCCCGAGCGCUACCUUUUCUACCAAGCGCUUAAGAACGACAUCCCGGUAACGAAAGUAUCCGAGAGCUUCAGUCACAUCUCGACCGAGGAGGAUGUUGUCAACUUUAAAGUGCAAGCAUUUGAACCAGUAGUUCCGAAACCGACCCGAACAUCGGCACCGGUCCCGGGGGUUAGUAAACCGGAUAAAGCUGGCCCCACCAAAGGACAGGCAUUCCUUCGCGAGAGAAUAGCAGCAAAGCGUCUGGAGGCGGCCGAAGAGCAGGAGGCACGUAAACGUCAACAAGAGAACGAGGAGAAUGGUACCGCAGUAGGCGAUGAGUGUGAAGAAUCGAAAAAAUCGGAAAUGGAAACGGAACUGGCGGCCCGGGGGGGAGAAGAUUUAGAUUAUCAGCGGUACUUCCGCGAUUCGUACAUUCUUACCAUGUCUCAGCGGCCACCGGUGAAUGCGGCCGGUGAAGACGACGACAGUGAGUCGGCCGCCGAUGUGAGCAUUCUCGAGAGCGGUGCGUUCGAAUCGUUUGCCGAGAUGGAAAACAUGGAUAUCACGAUGGUGGUGAAGGACUGUAAUCGACCGCUCGUGUUCAUUCAGACGUUCAAAAGUGAAGCAAAUGGAGCGCUCGGGUCGCUCGAUCGCACGCUGGAGCAGAUCAAUCCGCGCUACAUCGUCAUGUACCACACGAACGUGACGGCGAUCCGGCAGAUCGAGGUGUACGAGGCACGCCAGCAACGUGCCGAGAUGGCACGCGUACGCGUCUUUGCCAUCAUCUACUCCAAGACGGUCGAGGAGCAAUCGUACCUGACUUCGUUGCGGCGCGAGAAGCAAGCCUUCGAGCUGCUGAUCGACACGAAGCGAACUAUGGUGGUACCGGAGUAUCAGGACGGUAAAUCCGAAGACACGAUUAUGAUGCUGCAAAAGAAACAGGAAAUCUCAAGCCGCCAGGCAGGUGGCCAGGAGGUAAAGGAUCCUAAUGAAAUCGUAACACCGCGAGUGAUCGUCGAUAUGCGCGAAUUCCGGUCCGAUUUGCCGUGUCUCAUACACCGUCGAGGCAUCGAUGUCGUGCCAUUAACCAUCACGGUUGGUGAUUACAUUAUCACACCGGAGAUUUGCGUCGAACGGAAGUCGAUCUCGGAUCUGAUCGGUUCACUGAACUCUGGCCGGCUGUACAACCAGUGCAUCCAGAUGACACGCUACUACGCCAAACCGAUUCUGCUGAUCGAGUUCGAUCAAAACAAACCGUUCCACUUUCAACGCUACUUCAUGGUUUCCGGAGGAGGUUCUUCCGGCACCGGAGGCGCCGGUGGUGGUGGUACUUCACAGAACGAAGACAUUAUGGCCAAGCUGCAGCUGCUAACGAUUCAUUUUCCGAAACUGCGUCUCGUCUGGUCACCGAGCCCUUACGCGACGGCUCAGCUGUUUGAGGAGCUGAAACAGGGCAAAGCGGAACCGGAUCCAGCCGUUGCGGUCAAGAUUGGUUGUGAUGAGCUGUCCACCGAUGAGAUCGAGCCGAGCGGGGGAAACGAUGGAACGUUGCUAGCCAACAGCGCCGAUGUGCAAGAGUUUCUUAUUAAGCUACCCGGCAUUACGUCGCGGAACAUUGGCCGGGUGAUGCGGCGGUGCCGCAGCAUCCGUGAGCUGGCCCAAAAGUCACAAACCGAGCUGGAGGAGCUACUGGGUGGGGAGGCACUGGCGAAGCAGCUCUGGGAGAUACUGCACCUGGCGCACAAACCGACGCUACCGGAAUCGAGUGGCAAGGCGCACUGGGCGGCCAAGGCAAAGGCACGCGGCGGUGGUCGCGGUCGAUGUGAUACUAAUAAGUGAGGUCAGGAUAGGUAUUUUGUUUGUUAAUUUAAAAGGUAUUUUUCAAGAAAAAAAGGAAGGCCUCUCCUUUAGUGGGUUGUAAAGAAAUUGAUUAAGAUUCCGGAAAAAAGGGAAAUUGGCAGUAGUGGCUAUCACAAUAGGCUAUGCGUUGGUUGUUAUGCGUAGUCUCUUUGCUGCUUACUUUCAAUCACAGUAACAUUGAUGCAGAAUUGUAGUUGUCCCAAGUAGGUCUUGAAUGUAGAAGACGAACGCAUGGAACCAUCGAGCAGGCACUGGACGGCAGUAUCGAUUUCUUGGUAGAGCCCCUUUCGACUGGUGAGCAAGAAAGCAAUAUGCUGCCUCUUCCCUUACAAUCAUCGUCCAGCCACAGUCAAUGGAAGCUGUUUUACAAAUAACGAACGACAACGAAAGGACCGGAAAUAAGGAAAUUGAACCAAAUUGCCAACGCUCCACGUUCGGCGCACAACCCCUCCUUAGUGUUUCCGUUGAAAUGAGGUUGAAUCGCUUCCGUCGGUAGCAUAGACUUUGCUCCUGCGAUUCCCCGGGGAGGAGGAAGAUGCUCAGAUUAAUUUUCACACCCGGCGGUCUCUGGCGGCAUUAUCAUAGGACCCUCGUCACCCCACUCGGGUUUUCUAUCCACAGGCACGGCGGCGCGUGUGUGCGAUGAGAGAUUCCUUUACAAAGCGCGUCGCAUAGGUCGCAUGCAGAGUCGCAAAAGGACCGA